AGAAACUCUGAUGCUCCCAGAAAAAGUUUGCAGGUUAAUUCUGUUAGGGUUGCUGCAACUGUUGUGUGAGUAUUUGAUGUCUUGAGCAGAACAUGGCAAUUGUACUGACAAAGCUUUGCAGAACUCUUGUUCCUUUACACUGUUGUCUCCAUAAGUAUCGCUUUAUUAACUCGAUAUCGCCAUCCCAUGCACUGCUUGAACAUGUUAAGAAUGCAGUUGAAACCAAAGCAUACCGGAACAUUCCUGAUUAUCUCAUUUCGUUUGAACAAGCUUGCCUUAACCCAAAUCCUUUUGCAUUUCUAUCGACUUUGCCCUACCGCCUUAGAAUGCAAGUAGUUGAUGAGAUUUUACAGUCUUUUAUCCCCAUAAGGCCCCGCUCCUGUGCGCAGGCUGCUUAUGCAUACCUCCUGUCUUUUACUCUCCAAAGCUCCAAUCCUCUUCCUCUUGGUCUUGCCAUUCUACAGCGGACCCUUCGCUCCGGUUGUGUCCCUGUUGCUCAAACCCGGCUUCUCCUCUCGUCUGCUUGGCUGGAAUGCAGGAAGGUGGAGUCUCAGUCUGUCUCUGACAUGCUAUUUGAGAUGCAGUCAAUUGGAUAUAACCCGGACUGUAGUACGUGUAACUACCUUAUAUCAUCUUUGUGUGCUGUUGAUCAAUUGAAUGAGGCUGUUAAAUUAUUGAAGGGCAUGAGUAAGGCUGGAUGUGUUCCUGAUUUGGAGAGUUUUGACACGGUAGUUGGUGCGAUGUGCACGGUUAGAAAAACUUCUGAGGCAUUGGAUAUGAUAAAGAAAAUGGUGGAGAAAGUUGGGUUGACACCGAGGCAAGGGACUAUCGUGAAAGUAGCAUCAGCAUUACGAGCAAACAGAGAGAUAUGGAGAGCGGUUGAGUUGAUUGAGUUCUUAGAGGGGAAGGAUUACCCUGUCGGGUUUGAGAGCUAUGAUUUGGUGGUUAAAGGCUGCUUGGAUUCUGGUGAGAAUAUUUUAGCAGGGAAAAUGGUCAUGGGGAUGACAGAGAAAGGGUUCAUACCAUACAUCAGGACCAGGCACAAGGUGGUAGAAAGAUUGGCUGGUGCUGGUGAGUGGAAGUUAGCUAAUGCUGUGAGACAAAGAUUUGCAGAAUUGAGGUCCUAGCUACUUCUGUGUUUUCCUUGAGUCCAUUCUUUGCACAUAAGGGAGCUGAUUGUCAUCAGGAUGUGUUGCACUUUGAGGUCAAUGUUCCUUCAUGUUGCUGCUCAGCUUCUCAAAAUUCUGGUGAUCGAUAUAUGGUUAAGUUCAUGGACUUUAAUUUUGUAUGUGUUGGCUGAAUAAUGAUAUGAUGAAAAAAUUAGUUGAUAUGCAUACCUGAUGAGCUGGUGUAAACUAUCGCAAUGUAAUGAAAAGUGUCUCUAAAAGUUUCACCAUGUUCAAACUUCUGUGAACAACGAUUGUGUAAUCUGAACGUCCAUCUGUAUCUUUUUGGUCUAACUGAAG